GGUUGCUUCCCGAAGAGUGCCAUGAUGGAUAGAGCUGGCCAUGUGAGCAAAGUUGUUUGACGACUGGCUGCAUGUCUCAAGGUGCAAAGGAUGCGGAUGGUGGGCCUUCAUCAAGUACAUACACAGGUGGAAAAUCCACAGAUUCUUCUGCCACCUACAAGGGUUCCACCGGAUAUCCGAAUCCUCCAGGCAGUGCCGCUUCGAAGCCUGUGACGCUGCGUGCAGCAGUGAAAGCCUGUGAGGUUGAUGCUGUCACAAGGGCAUUGCAGAAAUUGGAGAAUGUUGACAGUUGCCAAUCAGUAGAGGCUGCCCUGGAUGCGACGGAUGGCAUGGGUCGCACCUUGCUACACUUGUGUGCUACCAAUUCACUUCGCUUGGGCACUGAUGGAGUUGUGAAUGUUCUGUUGGCACGUCGGGCUCGACCCGAUGUGCGAGAUUGCAAUGAUCAAACGCCAUUGGCCAUCUCUCUGGCAGUAGUGGCUUCGGCAGAUCAGAGGGCUGACACGGCUGACUCUGUUGCAGGGUUCCAUGUGGCUCACGGAGUGGUAUCCUCGUUGUUGCGUGCCAGGGCCACAGUCGUGGGGCAAGACGUGCUAGAGAAGCGCUUGGCGUGUGGCGUGCCAGAAGUGCCAGAGGUGGAAGAUGCCAUGCACAACAUCCUGUCGCUCAUGAAGGAAGCUGGCGACGGUCUGGAGGACACGGAGACCAUUGCUCAGAAGCUUAUGCUUGCUGUUGAUGGGCAUGAUGCCACGGGCGUGGAGUGCCUGUUAUCCAAAGUGCAUGCCAGGUCCAAUGGUGGCUCUGCCACAAGUGACUUGACUCGCGCAUUCGAUGUUGAUGGGAACACACUUCUCCACAGGUGUGCCGCAGGUCCAAGCAGUGUCUCUGAAGAAGGAAAGGAUGGAGAGAAAGUGGUUGAGUUCCUGGUGGCUGCCCGGGCAGAUGUGAACAACAGCAACUUGCUGGGUGAAACACCCUUACUCGCAGCCGCCCGCGGUCGACCAAGCGUUGGUGUUGUAUCGGCUUUGCUGCGUGCUCGGGCGGACCCAAAUCAUCCAGACACCAUUGCAUCUGAGACGGCCUUGAUGGAACUGGCAUGCCAGGGCGAGACAAACUUGUGUCGUCUGCUCCUGGAAAGCCAUGCUGAUGGGUUGCUUCGAAACCGCCACGGACGCAAUGCCAGGGACUUGGCCAUCGAGAAUCGUCACAGCGAGGUCGUGCUCCUUUUCGGCGAGUUUGGCAUCACAGCCGACGCAGCCGGAGCACCUGCUGUCGAUUUGGAUGCGCUCCAGGCAGUGCAGCGGUGUGAUUUGGAAAGGAUGCAAGGCUUGCUUUCUGAUUUGACAGAUCAUGAGUGCCAAAAGCUAUUGACCAGAGGGGUAGAUGAUUCAGGGCGUCAACUCUUACAUAUCGCUGCUAGCAAGGGCAGUGAGGAGGAUGCGGCGGACAUGGCAAGGCUGCUGCUAGACUAUGGUGCCCCCAUGGGUGGUGCAGAUUUUGCUGGUGAAACUCCUUUGUCCUUAGCCGUUGCCGCAUCCUUAGAUGCUGUUUUGCGGGGCACCGUUGAAGGCGAAAAGGGUGCGAGCAAGGAUGGGAGCGCUUGGGCAGCUCUGGACACCAUUCGCGUGCUUCUGGUGGCUGGCGCCAGUCCAAGCGAUGCAAUUGGCUUGUCAUCAUCGACUUCCAAGCUUCGUGAAGCUUUGCAAGAACAUCCUGAAGAUGUUGCAGAUCUGUGCCGCCUGCUGCAAGCCUUUGGAGCUGAGUUCCAGACGGACGCCGAGGACCCGGACGCGGACGCAUCCGAGGAUCGUGACUUCACCGAGGAUCGGGAAUCAGUUCCACCGGAUUUGGAGAAACGACUCGGCUCCUUAGGUGCUAAGGUGGUCAUGGCCUCCUGCAGCAAGUGGCGCCAAAUGAAUGCGAAGCAACUUCGUGCUGAAUGUGCUGAAGUUGGAAUCCCAACCGAUGGGUGUGUGGAGAAGGGCGAGUUGAUUGAGCGACUUCGACAAUUGCGGAUUUGGCAGGCAAUGCCCUUGAGUGUGCUACAAGAGGCUUGCGCUGUCUGUGCUGUCACCUAUUUUCCAUGUUUGCUACUGGGAUUAGGUUGGAGGCCAUCGCUGCGAUCGGUUGGAGGGUUGUUGAUUUGCACCCUUCCGAUCACCGAUCGCCUGGCUCGCAGUCGUGUGCAGGAGAUCGGCCAGAGGGGCCUGUCACGUGCCGAGAUGUCGCGGGCCGAGAUGGAGGACCUGCUGCUGGUUUCGAUGUACAACGGCCGCAGUCGUCGUGAUCGUAUUCUGGAGAUGUGCAAGAGUAAGAACAUUCCAAUCGAUAAGUUAAGCGAUUUGAACAAGGCGGAAGUGGUCCUCAAGCAGGUCAAGCGGUUUGAAGAGGGUAGCGUGAGCGAUUUGAAGCGAGAGUUUGAAAGACGUGGACUUGUGGUGGAAGCUGGAACAGAGAAGCAGGACAUGCUGGCAAAGCUAAGCAACGUUUUGGUUUGGGAUGAGCUUUCGUUGAGUGUGCUGCAAAAGGUUUGCAGUGAACGCAGCUUGGGCAGUCCCUUUGGAGCAACGCGCGAAGAACUCAUUCAACGACUGCAUGGUUCUUUAGGUCAGGUGAAAAUGGCGGAGUCACGUUUCAAGAACUUCUUCAACUAUGGAAAUCCAUCACGACCUCAGAGCCAGGCAAACAAUCAGCAAGGGUCAUCCCAGUCGAAAACGGAGACCAAGUCUGGCUUUGGCGACUAUGACCACGUGUGGGAGGCCAAAGCCGAGGAGAACCGACGAGCUUUCGCAGCAGGGAACCGCAACCAUGCUGGCAUGCCCACCGGUCAACGGCGACAUGCUGGGCCUGGACCUCCUCCUGGCAACCAAGGGGUCGGUGGCGCAAAGAGGCCAUCUGCGGCUCCGCAAAGCUCUCCCAUUGAGAGAUACUUUCGUUCUUUGGGCUUGCCAAAGACAGCAACUCACGACGAAGUUCGCAAGGCUUAUCGCAAACUUGCUUUGCAGCACCAUCCCGACAAGAACCCCGGCCAGAAAAAGGCGGCUGCAGAGAUCAAGUUUCGCGAGGUCGCCGAAGCCUACGACAAAGUGUGCGAGUACUUGAGGCAGAAAUCCUAAGGAGUAGCCACGUUCUCGCGUGGCACGCACCACGCAGAGCAGCCGUAUUCCAGAGAUCGCCGACUUGAAGGAGUGGACCGUCGUUUUUGGCUGAAAGAGACUUCUGACUCAACACAGCUGACCCAUCACUUCAGUGACCCAACAGUGACCCAACCGAAAGCGGCCGAGUUUCGCCGACAGUGAAGCUAGUCGGUGAGUGUGUGAAGCGCGAGCGCUCGCCCGAUGCUUGUGUGCCCAGCGUGGAUGGUUUUCUCAGUGUAAAAAGAGAGGAAGAUCUGUGUUGAGCCGGGAGAUUUAUUUCAUUUUUUUGCAUGGGUUUGCACUUGCUUGCGGUUUUGUUUGCGCGAUUUGGGAGACGUUGGGCAAUGGGCCUCCGCUCGC